AUGAUUGCUAGUACAUUAACAUGUAAUUCAGUUAAUCCUGUAUGGCUUAAUGCAAAUACAACAUUAACUAAUUAUCAUCAAUCAUAUUCAACAAUUAAAAAAGAAGUUGCAACACAAACAUAUGGAAUUUAUUAUCCAAGUGCAAAAGAUAUUGAUUUAAUUAUAACACAAAAUAAAAAAUUAUUAAAUGAAAAAGAAUUAAAAGAAUAUCGUCCAAUAUUAACAUCUACAAAUCCAGGAAAAGGAUAUUAG